AUGAGUGCUUUGUCACUUUCUAAGAAUGAAGAUAAAGUACAGAUUGUUGGCAAAAUUAAGAAAGUACAAUUGUAUAGGACAAAUACUUCUCCUCCCUGUGCUACAGAAACUAAAUAUAGCAAACUUGCUUCUUGCUAUAAGUGA